AAAUCAUUACAGAGACAGAUAGAGUCAAGAGCGGACACUUCUGGAACCUCUCAUUCCAACACUGUUGGGUUUCGAAAGAAUGACGCGGGAUAAAAUCUUGAUGGUUUUUGCCCUAGCUUGGCUUUAUUCUUCUGGAGGACAUGGACAAACUGAUGUAAAAAUUCCAUGUGAUGAUAAACGUGUGGAGAACGUUGUGAAUUUAACUCUUUCUACGCAUAAUAAGAUACUAACAGAAGGUGGUCAGCUGGCUCUCUAUGAAAUCCUGGAGGCUACAAAGGCUCAGAAUGAAUCGGUGGAAGUUGUGUUUGUACGGUUCACAAGCAGAGAGACAGAUUGUCCUGCAGGAGGAGACAAGGCUUGGCAUGAAUGUGACUAUCUGCAAGAAGUAGAUAAGGCACUCAUAAUCUGUCACGCGAAAGUCCAGUUUGAAGAAGCAGCUCAAGAGUUACUGUUACAUGACUGUACAGCUGAGCCAGCUGUUUCCUCCAAAGUCGCCCCGUGUCUGGGCUGCCCUGAAAAGAUCGAUUUACAGCAUGAGGACCUGAGAGAACCACUUAUUCACUCUUUGUCGAAAGCCAACAGCAUGGCCAACCGCGAGCAUUUCUUCAUCUUUAAGGGCUUGACAUUGGCGACGAAACAGGUGGUUGCUGGAUUCAGGUAUAGAUUGCAGUUUUUUAUUGAGAAGAGCAACUGCACCAGGGCAGAGUUCAAAGUGGUUACUGAGGAGUGCCACCCAGUCCAGGAAAAAACGGAGGUUUUGCAGUGUAACUCUACUGUGGAUGUGGCUCCUUGGAGGCACGAGGGCCCAGAAGUGCACGUUGAAUGUGAGGCAGCGGUUAUUAAAACCGUGACCAGAUUUAAGCGGCCACCGGGCUGGUCUCCUCUUAGGAUCAUGCCCGAAAAGAAAAAGGUCAAAGAAUCCUCAGAGGAAUCCAAGGAGAGCAUCGGCGCGACCAAAAGCACGCCGCUCAACUGUCCUACCAAACCCUGGAAAGAGUUCAAGCCGGUCAUCGCCAGCGUCGCUCCUCUAAACACCACAGAGCCGUCACAGCCGGACACGACCGCAGCAGAGUCUGCAUUCAACGACCAGGAUCUGAUCAGCUGAGCGCUCGCUGCGUGUUUAAAUGGAUACUAAAAUUAAAAAAAGUGAAGGAGGAAAGGAAAUUAAACUACCAUUCUUACGAUGUGUUUCUGAAGUGUUAUUCAUUUAUUUGUGGAUGCUGCAAUAAUUCACAGUACUUUGUCUCAUAUUUCACAAUAAAAACCCACAUAAAAACAUG